AUGUCUCCUAUAACUUCAUCAGGAUUAUCUAGGCGGAAGGCUUGCCUGACAUGCUCAACUAAAAAGCGAAGAUGUGAUAUGUUAUAUCCGUCUUGUACCCGAUGUUCAACAACUAAUACUACAUGUAUAUAUACUGCCAACACAUCCAACCCCAUUGUACAGCAGCUCAUAAAUGGUCAAGAAUCAAAUGAGAAGUGCAAAAAAGACAGAAAUAUACUAAUAACGCCUGGCAUUAGUUAUGGUGACAUACCAACAUCUGGAACUGCCACAGUAACAGAUAAUAAUGGUAUUUCUGGCCGUUCAGGUAGUCCUUCUAAUAACCAGACCUCGUAUCUGUUAAAGAUAAUGAAUUCAACUCCUCCAACGAGUCCAUCUCUGCCAAGUUUUGUAGAUGCUAUGUUUGAUAUCCCAAUGGAGCUUGAAGGCUCGGCCCAGAAUGUGGUUCUUUCGGAGCCUGCACAGCCUGUAGUGGUUUCAGAUGACAUGUUGAGAACUCCGUCCGUCUAUCCUGAUCAACGGACAUCGGUACCGGUACCAUCCCCAUCGCAGCAGCAGCAGCAGCAGCAGCAGCAGCAGCAGGAGAAAGAUCUAGAAGAUAUAAGUAUCACAACACCACCUGAUUCAGUGGGACAUGUUUCGCCAGCCGAUUUCGAUUCAUCUGCCUUGACCCAGGUCAAGAGACUAAGGUUUUUUAAUCUCAAUUAUCGAACAGUCCAAGGGAUGCCAUAUUCAGAAGAAGCUAGUGAUUUGUUUGUGAGAAGAAUCCACCAGUAUCCUAAACUAUUUCUGAAGAAGUUGAAAGUUUCCUUUAUCCACCCGUCAUUGUAUCCUAGAGGAUAUCCUCCUGUUUUAUUGACGGCUCUAGCAGUUUGUUCCUUGUACAUAAACCGACCAGAUGUUAGAGUAACUGCGGGCGAUAGUGCGAGUCGACCAGUCGUUGCAGCAGACUUCAACCGUAGUAUAAACCAGUUGGUUGAAUCCAUGCUACUGCCUAUGCCCGUGAUGGCAGCUUUGCCGAUUCAUGAUAAGCUUGCCCUAGCUCAAGCGCUAAUUCUAACCCAAUGCAUUCGAUUAUAUAGUGGAGAUAUUAGAUUUGCAACACAAGCUGAGAAAAUCGUAUUACCACUGACUGCAUUAUUUGAUGACUUGGUAGCGCAUGUCCAUGAUCUGUAUUCGACGCAACAAGAGCCGUUUUAUUGGAAUCAAUGGAUAUUUGUACAUUCAAUCACUCGAACAUGUUUCUUAGGGUCGUUUAUUCAAGGUCUGUAUUAUUUCUUGCGCGAACAACCCGAGUAUAAUCUCGUGGCUCCCUUCUUGCCAAUGUCGCUUUCACGGGCAAAAUGGAGAGCAUCAUCUGAAGCAGAAUGGAGUAAAGCACUGUCAACCGAUUCUCAACCGUACGAAAAAACACUCGGAGAGACCUUUGUGGUUUUCGAUACUAUUGAGGGCAAAAACCUUCAUGAACUUUGUUAUGAAGCUAUCCUUAUGUUUUGUUUCUGCUUUGGAGUUGAUAGGCUCCAAUCUGAGCUUCAGAUCGACUUUGACGAGUAUUUGACAAACAGCGACUACUAA